AAUUGCUUGAUCACGUCUUCCUUCUGAAGCCCCGCCCCUUCAGCUACCCCCAAUGGAGACUAAGCUGUUACUGAAAAAGAGCCGACAAAAGCGUCAACGUGGAGUCGAGAGGAGCGGAAGUAGUCAGAUUUCGCUGAGGGCCGUAAAGCGGAUAGUGUUUUCACCUUCCGGAUUAACGACAGCAGCUCCGACUGUCAGUGCCGGCCUUCCUCGUGCCGGACCCUUCCUAAUUCAAUUUCCUUCCCAUUCCGGGCCCUUCCCUAUCGUCGCCCCUUUCACCUUGGAUCAUGUUCAAGAAAUUUGAUGAAAAAGAAAAUGUGUCCAACUGCAUCCAGUUGAAAACCUCGGUUAUUAAGGGUAUUAAAAAUCAAUUGCUAGAGCAAUUUCCAGGUAUUGAACCAUGGCUUAAUCAAAUCAUGCCUAAGAAAGAUCCUGUGAAAAUUGUCCGAUGCCAUGAACACAUAGAAAUCCUUACAGUAAAUGGAGAAUUACUGUUUUUUAGACAAAGAGAAGGGCCUUUUUAUCCAACCUUAAGAUUACUUCAUAAAUAUCCUUUUAUCUUGCCACAUCAGCAGGUUGAUAAAGGAGCCAUCAAAUUUGUACUCAGUGGAGCAAAUAUCAUGUGUCCUGGCUUAACUUCUCCUGGAGCUAAGCUUUAUCCUGCUGCAGUAGAUACUAUUGUUGCAAUCAUGGCAGAAGGAAAACAACAUGCUUUAUGUGUGGGUGUUAUGAAGAUGUCUGCAGAAGAUAUUGAGAAAGUCAACAAAGGAAUUGGCAUUGAAAAUAUCCAUUAUCUAAAUGAUGGGCUGUGGCAUAUGAAGACAUAUAAAUGAGCCUCAAAAGAAAUGUGCUUGGGCUAACUAUGGAUACUGUGCUGUAUCUGUGUCUGUGUGACAGCAUGAAGAUGGAUACUGUGCUGUGUCUGUGUCUGUGUGACAGCAUGAAGACAAUGCCUCUAUGGUUAUGCUGAAUAAAAAUUCUGCGAAUGCUAAAA